AUGGUGUACGUGCGCCAGGAGAAGCUUCCUGGCCUCAAGGAGUACAAGUACUCAGGCGUGGACCACUCGCUCGUGUCCAAGUACAUCCUCAAGCCCUUCUACACAAAUGUGGUCAUCAAGUGCUUCCCCAUGUGGAUGGCGCCCAACCUGAUCACCCUCACGGGCUUCAGUUUCGUCGUCGCCAACUUCUGCACGCUGCUAUGGUACAACCCGACCCUCGACCAGGACUGCCCGAUCUGGGUAUACUACAGCUGGGCGAUCGGCCUGUUCCUGUACCAGACUUUUGAUGCUGUGGACGGCUCUCAGGCACGUCGGACACGACAAAGCGGCCCGCUCGGAGAGCUUUUCGACCAUGGCGUUGAUGCGGUGAACACCUCAUUGGAAGUUCUUCUGUUCGCUGGCAGCCAGAACAUGGGCCAAGGAUGGACGACAGUCGCGAUACUGUUCUGCUCACUCCUGACCUUCUAUGUCCAAACCUGGGAUGAGUACCACACCAAGACUCUGACCCUGGGCAUCGUCAGUGGCCCUGUCGAGGGCAUCCUUAUCAUCUGCGUCAUCUACGCGGCGACCGGCUACCUCGGUGGCGGACACAUCUGGACAUACUCGGCGCUGGACACCAUCGGCGUUCCUCGACUACCCUACAUCCCAGAGUUCGCCUACAACAUGUCUUUCUCGCACUGGUACAUGGUUCAAGGCUUUGUGGUGCUCUGCCUCAACACCGUCGAGUCGUGCCGCAACGUCAUCAAGGCGAGACGCGCCCGCGGUGACCGCAGCCGCUACGCGCUGGUCGGCCUGGUGCCUUUCUUCGUCACCUGGGCUCUGAUCAUCGCGUAUUUGCUUCUGCAGCCCAACAUUCUGCACUGCCACUUAGUCCCCUUCGCCAUGUUCUGCGGCAUUGUCAACGCCUACUCGGUCGGCCAGAUGAUCACAGCCCACCUUGUGAAGCUGGAAUUUCCCUACACCAACGUCCUGGUGUUGCCUCUGGCCUACGGCGUUUUCGACUCGCUCGGCCCUUGGUUGCAGUAUGAGUUUGGGCGCUCAUGGCUCGGCUGGCCCAGCGCGCUCGGUGACGGCGUGUACCAGGUAGCAUACAUGUUCCUCAUGCUGGGUGUGUCUAUUGGUGUGUACGGGUCCUUUGUCGUCGAUGUCAUUGUUACUAUCUGUGACUACCUCGACAUCUGGUGCCUGACUAUCAAGCACCCGCACGUGGAACCCCAGACGAACGGAAAGAAGUCUCAGUGA